AUGAAUCUCACGAUUGAGACACUGUUAUUGUCUGUUGCUCGUGCAUAUUUUUUUGCCUGUACCUCUUACUUUUUUAUUACAAUUGUUUUUGCCACUCUUUUGGGAUCAUCAAUCAAGAAAAAAAACUACAAGUUUUAUUCGUUUACUAUCUACUACAGUAUUAAAAUGGAAUCAGAUGGUGAAAGGGAACAUUUGUUAGUUAACCAAACACCAAAGGCUGGUGUUAAAUGUGAUAUUGUUAACGAAUGUCAAAUGUUUUUAAAGGCUGAGGAAGGUGGUGGCGAUGCACAUAGGAUCAUGAAUGAUGAUACUGCUUUAGAGACUGAUCCAAGUAAAAAUAACUUUGUGCCACCACAGGCGGAAUCAAAAGAAUUUUCUUCAGAAGAAACUUUAGUAGAUUCUAAUGGCGAUAAUGAAGGUAGUGGAAGGCAGUCAUUAAAUGACAGCAUUCAAGCACAACAUGGAUCGAUAAGCAAUGAUUCACCUGAUCUUAAGGAGGAGGGCUUGCCUAACACAGUUACUGUGUUAGAUGCACCCAAUGGUGGUAAGGUGUACUUGGUUGGCACCGCUCACUUCAGUCUGCAGUCACAGGAUGACGUGUCACGCGUGAUUCAAGAGGUAUCACCACACAUAGUGAUGGUUGAGUUAUGUGAACAAAGGACCAAUAUAUUGUUACUUGACGAGGAGGUUAUUUUAAGAGAAGCAAAGAAUAUUAAUAUUAAGAAGAUUAGGUCGACUAUGGCGCAAAACGGUGUGUUCAAUGGGCUUAUGUACAUAUUAUUGUUGAAUAUGUCCGCGCAUAUAACGCGAGAGCUUGGAAUGGCACCUGGUGGCGAAUUUCGUAGAGCUAUGGCUGAAGCAAAGAAAGUACCCAAUUGCAUAGUUCAGCUCGGAGACCGUGCUAUAGAUAUAACUCUUCACCGUGCCAUUGCGUCUCUAUCCUGGGGUCAAACUAUCCGCUUCAUAUGGCACUUACUUACUUCUAAUCAAAGUAUAAGCUUAGAAGAAGUGGAGAGAUGCAAGCAAAAGAAAAUGCUAGAAGAUAUGCUGGAGGAAAUGGCUGAAGAGUUUCCCGCUCUCAAGCGCGUGUUCGUGGUAGAAAGAGACAUGUAUCUGUGCCAUUCGCUGCAGGUUGCUGCGUUGCAGACCCGUCGCGAACCGUGUCGCAUUGUGGGCGUGCACCUUUGCUCAAAAUUCCGCCACCCUCUCUUUCGACGCGCAUACUGCGCGUGUCUUUCCGGGCAGCUUGCGUCGGCGCGCUUCUGUACGCUGGCUAUAAGCUUAUACCCCGUCGUUGGCUACCCUGAUACUCUUUACACAGAUUGCUCAAGAUGUAAGGAUCGGAUUGGAAUUCAACGGAAAACUCAUUCCAAAAUCGACCAAAAGUGUCAUCAAAUGUUUGUUUAA